UCUGUGGCUCCUCCCCCUCCCCCUUCCCCUUCCACCAUAUAGAGAGAAAACCUCAGCAGGAACAUCAACACUCGCCUCCAGGAAGAAGCGGAGGAAAAACCACCUAACUUACCUUUCCUAAAGAUGCAGCCUAUGAGAGUUUAUACAGGACCGAUCAUUGUGGAGUUCAUUCAAAGUGAAGGCAUUUAAAAUCACAUGAGGAUAAUAGCGUUACAGCUGUCAAACAAACUGCUGCAUUGCAUAAAAAAAAAAAAAGUACUCUUUUGUAAGACUUGGUGAUACCCGCGCUAAAAGAAGAUAGUAGAUAGAUGGUGAGGGCCGAGUCGGGAUGAGUGUGUCCUGCGCAGGGAUUGGAGAGGUCCGUGCGCCUCUCCUCCAGGGGCUGUGGGAGUGUGUGAGAGCGGGCCAGGAGGACAUCCUGCUCUCCCCUUACCUGCCCGCGCUCUACGGCUUUGUGAUCCACCUGCUGCUCUGCGCACCUUUCCUCGUGCUGGACACGCUGGGAAGAGUCUGCCAGCGGGUCCGCUCGUGGAGGAUCACCGCAGGCUCGGGUCCGCCGCCGCCUCUCCGCCGGUGGGUUGGCUGUUUUUGGAAGGUGCUGUACCAAUACCUGACCACCAUCGUCCCCGCCACCGCGCUGUUUCAAAGGGUGCGGAGCCCCGUAAUGCCGGAGCUGGCUCCAUCCUGCUGGCAGUUCUUCGUGGAAGUCUUCGCGUGUUUACUGCUUUUUGACAUGCUCUUCUUUAUAUGGCACAUCUGCAUGCACAGGUUUCCCUGGCUCUACCGCAACAUCCACCAGCUGCACCACCGGCAUCACAUCCCCUUUGCUCUGGCUGCCCAGGACAGUAACUCGGGCGAGCUGCUGUCUCUGCUGCUGCUGGCUCUAAGCAGCGCCUGGGUGCUGGGCUGCCACCCGCUGAGCGAAGCCUUCUUCCACCUCAUCAACAGCUGGCUGGCAGUGGAGGCCCACUGCGGCUAUGACCUGCCCCUGGCUCUUCACAGGCUGCUGCCCUGUCUGGGAGGAGCCCCCUAUCACCAAGCCCACCAUACUCUCCUCAGCGUCAACUACGCCCCCUACUUCACCCACUGGGACCUCCUCUUUGGCACAUUCCGUGCUCCAGUGAAACGAUCACAGUGACAAAAACAAAAACUGUUGCAUAUGCAGUGUCUUCCCUAGGCUUGUAGAAGACUUACAUUUUUUUUGGACCGUCAUCAUUUUCAUAUGUGUCUAAAGCUAGAGCAGAUAAUAAAUAACACUCUAAGGCCCCUAUCUUGCACCCAGCGCAAUUCACUUUGUACACCGACGCAUGUAUCAUUCCUAUUUUGCACCCGACACGCAGCGGACUUUUCCUUCCACAGACUCACGUCGGUAAAUUAGGGAAUGAACUUGCACUCGCGGGGGCGGUUCAUCAAAAAGAGGAGGCGUGUUCCGGCGCAAACGUUCCCUAGUGCUAUUUUGCAG